CGAGUUUGCUGAGGAAGAGAUGGGAGCAGGAGCAAGUGCGGAGGAUAAAAAAUCCAAGGAGUUGGAAAAACAACUCCAGGAGGAUGCAGACAAGGACUCGAAAACUGUCAAGCUAUUGCUGCUUGGCGCUGGUGAGUCAGGGAAGAGCACCAUCGUCAAACAGAUGAAGAUUCUGCAUCAGGGAGGUUACACAAAGGAGGAGCAGAUGGAGUUCAGGGCUGUCAUCUACGGCAACAUCCUGCAGUCUGCUCUGGCCAUCAUCAGAGGCAUGGAAAUGCUGGACAUCAACUUCGGCUCCCCCUCUGGACAGGAGGAUGCACAGAAGCUGCAGAACUUGUCAGACUCCAUUGAAGAAGGCACAAUGCCCCCUGAGCUCGCUGAUGUCAUCCAGAAACUGUGGGCCGACUCUGGGGUGCAGGCUGGCUUCGAGAGAGCUGCUGAGUACCAACUGAACGACUCGGCCGGAUACUAUCUCAACGAACUGGACCGAAUCCGCAAGCCUGACUACAUGCCUACUGAACAGGACGUGCUGCGAUCUCGAGUCAAAACCACUGGUAUUAUUGAAGAACAGUUCUCCUGCAAAGAGUUGCACUUCAGGAUGUUCGACGUGGGAGGUCAGAGAUCAGAGAGGAAGAAGUGGAUCCAUUGUUUUGAGGGUGUCACUUGUAUCAUCUUCUGUGGAGCUCUCAGUGCAUACGACAUGGUGCUGGUAGAGGAUGAUGAAGUGAACCGCAUGCACGAGUCACUCCAUCUAUUCAACAGUAUUUGCAACCACAGAUUCUUUGCACUGACCUCCAUCGUGCUCUUCCUCAACAAGAAGGAUCUGUUUGAGGAAAAGAUCAAGAAGGUCCACCUGAGCAUCUGCUUCCCAGACUAUGAUGGUCCAAACACGUAUGACGAUGCCAGCAACUACAUCAAGACGCAGUUUUUGGAGCUGAACAUGAAGAAAGGAGUGAAAGAAAUCUACUCCCACUUGACCUGUGCCACAGACACCAAGAACGUGGAGAUUGUGUUCAACGCUGUGACAGAUAUCAUCAUCAAAGAAAACCUAAAAGACUGCGGUCUUUUCUAAGCAGCCCCACACAAAAGAGAAGUUUCUAUCCAACUUUAGCC